AUGCGCAUGCGCUCUCGCUCGUUGGACUCGAGCCGCCUGAGGUUGCGCUCCCUGGCGGACAGCCCCUGCCGCCUCCGCCGCGGCCCCCAGCUCGGGCCCCGCCUCUUCCCCCUCCGCCUACCGCCCUCCUCCGACUCGGUCACCCAAGAAACCGAAUUCCGUACACGAAGAGAGAUAAAGCAGACAAAUCAGGUUGUGUUACUGGCAUCCACGAAGAUGAAUACUGUUGGGAAGCUAUUGGGCAGGCUGCUUAUUAAGGAAGAGCGUGUAAAAACCGACAGCCCUGUCGAGAAAGGAUCCUCUUGCAGGUUUCCUUAUGAUUACAGGCUGAGGGCACUUAAUAAAACAUCUCCAUAG